GCACAUCUGUAGCGCGAGUCUCUUUUCACACCGUUCUCGCUCUUUUUUGUUUGGGGGACUUGUUCUGAUGAGGUGGAGUAGGGGUCAGGAGACGAAACGUCUGCUGCGACAGUCUUGUUCAGUUAACUACAAUCUUGUAGUUCAGUUAACUGCCCAACUCCCGGCAGACGCGAUCUGCGGUUGUUCUGUAUCCCGAAAGUGAUCAGUGUACUUUCGUUUUCUUCUUAUCAGUGGGUGCCUCUUAUCACGGAACCGGCUGAGGGGUCGCUGCGACUUCGGGCGAGUAUUGAUCGGCACGAGAGGGUGGCUUUCAACCGGGGUGACGACCGACGACCCGACCGACGACUUGGACUAAUCCCCGCAACGCGGCAACGACACUCACUCUCACAUCAUCGCGCGUGUUGGUCGUGUCGCUACGCGAUAUACUAUGUGAACCAGUGUUUGCCAUGGUCUUCCGCUUCAUUAUUAGCGGUGGGGGAUGGUGUGAUGUGGUCUCCCGGAAUGGACACGUGAUGGAUUGGGCGGUACUGCUACUAUCUCUAUCGAUGAUGGCGAUAGUGAACUGUGGAGGCUGUAAACUGGAGCACUGUACUCGGCUCUACGACAACCAGCUGGAGGAGGAGGGUGUUCCGGGUCCGGAGGCGACGCCGGCGUACUGCCAGGUGCUUCUAGCCUACGGCCAAUGUCUGCAGGAGACGGGUCGUUACUGUCGCGGCAACCUCAAGUAUCACACGACAAUGUCGAUGCUCAAACCGCUCACGAUCCGAUACAACUGCACGCAGGCCAAGGGUGGCAAACAGUCGUCACGGCCCGGUCACCAUCCGUCAUCACCCGACCACUCGUCACGGCCUGAGCCGGCUUGCUCGUUCAACUGGAGGCGGAGGUCUGUUUAUAAGUACUGCAGUUUGUUCGGCGAUCCUCACCUCAAGACUUUUAGCGGCUCGCAUGAGACUUGUCGAGUGCAGGGCGCCUGGCCACUCAUCGACAACCCUUUCCUCGCCGUGCAGGUCACCAACGAGCCUGUCAGCGAUGCUUCGCUCGCCACUGCUACCACCAAGGUGACGGUGAUAAUAAAAGGCAGAAGCACACCGUGCACAGUGGAGAGAACGUACGAGGCAACAGCCGAUCUGCCCCUCCCCGCCUCCUUCAUAGACGGUACCUACAAGACGGACCACAUUUCGAUCAACGCCAGCACAGAGAACAACUCCGAGAAGGUGGAGAUCUACAUCAGGUACAUCGAGACGACGGUGGUCAUCCGCAGGGUGAAACGGUACCUGGCGUUCUCAGCCAAACUGCCGGCCGACCUCAUCGAGCCUCUCAUGCAGGAUGAUAGUAACCUGCAACUGUGUACGCAGGGGUGUCCGCCUGGUGAGAGGUUAGACCUCGUGACGGCGCGGGGAGAGGUCAUGUCCUGGAAGGCGGCGGUAGACAAGUGUCAGGCGGUGAACACUCUCAGUAACGACGUCACCUCAGUUCUGACGGACCAAUACUUGGAUUGGUGCGUUUUUGACGCCAUGACAGCGGGUGCGGGACACGGUUUCACCAGUGCGGCUCACUUCGCUCGCGCAGAUGCGCUCACUAUGGACCCGGAGUCCCUACUUAACCGUACCACACCGCUGCUCCUAGACCAGUCACAACUCAGUAGUUCCUCAACCUAUCUGUAUAGUCUCUAUGUACAUUUAACUGCAUUAAUUUCGGUAUUACUUGUAAGUAGGUUAAUGUCAUCGUGAAGACGUUGAUUGUUAACAUAGAAACACGUUGAAAAACGUAAUAAACUGAUAGUAGUAACGUUAAAUCACGUUGAAAAACGUGGAAACUGAAUUGAAAUGAUAGAUUCUGAUCUAAACUGGUUUGAGAUUUGAAUAUUGAGAGACUUCUUCAUAUUGUGAUAUUGUAUUGUUAAUUUCACACUUCAAUAAUCAACUUGCAGGACUGCAGUUUCCUGUUGAAACCAACUGAAGUUCAACUCCUUCUUCCUUUCACAGUUAAGGCAUCACUGCCUGUUCCGAACCUCAUAGUCUCGAUGUCCUGCAUGUUGAUAUAAAGUGUGUAAUUGACUAUAAAAUGUAAUUGAACGCUGAUUGCAUCAUCAAUUUUCAGGUCUGCAGUUAGUGGUGAAACCUAGGUGUAACUGGAGUCCUCUAGAUUGUUUAUUAAAGUGUGGAUUUGACAAUACUAGCAAGUGGAACACUGAUUGUAUUCUCAAUUCAACACUUCAUUAGUUAACUCGCAGGACUGCAGUUUCGUGUUUAAACUAACUGAAUUCCUGCCUGUUGAUAAAUAACGUGUAAAAUUGAAAAUAGAAUCAGUGCUUUUCAAUUCUGGUUUGAUUAGUAUUUGAAUGUGUAUACUCUUCUACUGAGACAUAGAAUCAAUCUAUACUCGCUCAACUAAAUAUCACAGUAAUUGUUUUAUGAAUUUCACAAAAUUCCAAACACAAUCCCUAUACCCAACAUCUAAAAGAGAAAUGGAUUGCUCCAUCUCACCAAUACCUAACUAUAUUAUGUUUUUGUAGCUCUUUAUCAUCAGUAUUCUGAAGAACUCUUGAUUGAUGUAUGUUAUGUACGUAUUAUAUAGAUGUUUUGUAAAUGUGUAUUGUAUGACUUACUUUGAAUUUGAUGCAGAGCAAAAGUACCAACAUUAUUGUGUAAUAGAAAAAUUAUUGUUAUCAAUGAGUUGUAAUAUUUUAGUAAUGCUACAUUUCGUGUCUUGAUUGUUUUUGAAAAAUUCGAUUUAAUAUGUUUUAUUCUUCAAAUAUUUUUCUUUACUGGGAUAUCUUAGUCUUUAAUAAUGCAAUGGAGUUAUAUUAUUGAAAUAUGGCUAUCCAAAAAUUUAACUUAUACAGUAUCAAGGAAUUCAUUAAAUGAUUCUCUGAAAUAGAAUAGAAAUGAAUUUUAUUCAACAAAACAAAUUUCAAAUAGUUCUCAGUCUCAUAGGAAACAAAUUUAAAAUAAAGUUGUAUGAAAUGUUUUAAAGGUGGAAUGGAAUUGAGCUGAUGAUUAUAAACAGUUCAUCAUUAUUGAUUUACUAACGAAAAUUGUAUUAUUAUGUCAGUCACAUCAUUUGAAUGGAUGUGAUGAAUAAUAAAAUUGAAUAUUAUUAUCAAAAGCGAUUGAUUCAGCUGUUAUGAUCUCAUAUAGGCUAAACAUUGGAAAAAAUUGAUACCGUAAUGAAAGCUUGAAAAAGUAAAAUUUAUUGAAGAAAACUCUUCCAAAACAUGAGAGUUAAAAAUUGAGCCAGAAUAUGAGAGUUGGAAUGGAUAAUAUCGAGUUUAGUAUCAGAAUAUCAUUUCUAUUUAUAUGUUGUGAUAAUUAGGAUAAUAAUUUGUAAAUAGAUUCGUAUGCUUCUGUCUAAAAAUACUCAGUCUUCUUUGAUUCACUUGUAAGAUGAAUUUUUCGCUCAUGUGAACGGAACUCUAUUAAUUUAUUAAAACUAGUUUAAAUUAGUCUGAUAUAGUACAAAUUGACAAGUACUAAUAUUUUUCCUUUGUGUAAAAAACAUAUUAGUUGCAAACUUUUUUAGUUUUGCAAAAUAACUACUACCAUUUUUAAAAGUGGAUGAACUUUGGUGCGUAGCUUUAAUUUUGUUUUGUAAAUUUGUGUAGAGUAUUAUAAUUAUUUUUCGUUAUAUUUGUAUUUAAUUUCCAUGUUGAUAAUAUGAAAAUUUGAAACUAAAAUGUCAGAGAAGUUUUCCUUCAUUUAAAUUAACAAUUUGGUUUUAUGUAUUCAUAAAAAAAUAACUUUCUCACUUCAUUGGAUAAAUGUUAUCAAAUGUCAACAAAUUUAACAAUUUAAAUUUAUGUUUACAUUAAAAAUAACUUCUCCAGCCAUUUUUUAUCGAUAAAUUUUAUUCUGUCAUCAAAAUUGACUAAAGUACAAAGUUAGGCUAUGUAGAAUAUAAUUCUACUACACCCCCAUGUUUCUAGAAUUUAGAUAAUAAUUCUCUCAUAUUUUCUCAGACUAUUUCUUGCAAUGGAUAGUUCCAAUUUCAUCUUCAACGUAUUGUCCUUUGCUAUACAAAUUAUUGCUCAUUGUGAAUAUUGAAUUAUAUAUUUUCUCUUGAAACUGAUGUCAAACAUUCCAUGCAAGUACUAUAUCAGUUUUUAUGUGUCGACCUAAAGUUUGUUUUAAAAUUUUCAUUUCUUUUCUGUCUCACAUUUAUGUCUCUGUGUGUACGAUGUCUAUGUAGAAUAACUUUAUCGCUUUGAUAAAUUUGUUCAAUUCAAAUUCUUUUCAAACUAAAAUCAUCCACUUUAUAUUUUAUAAUUUCUUUGAAGAUUCAAUUGGAAUUAUCGUUUGCUUGAAACAGAAUCCUUCCACAAUGAACUUCACUAGUGAUGAAGUAUUAUAAAAGCGACAUCUAUUUGUAAAUUGUACAUGCUUGUGUGUAUAUAUUCUGCUGUAUUAUAUUUUAGUCAUAUAUGAUAACUUUUGUGUAAGAUUUGACAUUGUGAAUAGUAAUUCAGGUAUACUAACUGUAAAUAAUUAGAAUGUACAGAUAUAUGUUUUUGAAUGUCAUGAAGGAAUAUGAGUAUUUAUCUUUCAGAAAAAUCUGUAUUUGAAGCAAGCUAGAGACUGACUGAUAGAAUGUAAAUAGCGAAAUAAAAGAUGAAAUCUUGACUAAUCAUAA